CGGAGGACCUCGGCGCCGGGCUUUAGUGGGGCUUCAGCGCCAUGUCCUACGCCUAUCUCUUCAAAUACGUCAUCAUCGGGGACACUGGUGUCGGGAAGUCAUGUCUCUUGCUGCAGUUCACAGAUAAACGGUUCACGCCUAUCCAUGACUUGACAAUUGGUGUGGAAUUCGGGUCACGGAUGGUCACCAUCGAGAACAAAAAGAUCAAGCUGCAGAUUUGGGACACGGCUGGACAGGAAUCCUUCCGCUCCAUCACGCGCUCGUACUACAGGGGGGCAGCUGGGGCGCUGCUGGUCUACGAUAUCACCAGGCGGGAGACCUUCAACCACCUGUACUCUUGGCUGGAGGACGCGCGGCAACACUCCAGCUCCCACAUGGUGAUCAUGCUGAUCGGCAACAAAAGCGACCUGGAGAGUCGUCGGGCUGUGCAAAAGGAAGAAGCUGAGGCUUUUGCCCAGGAACAUGGCAUGGUUUUCAUGGAGACCUCAGCAAAGACGGCUGCCAACGUGGAAGAGGCGUUUCUCAACACAGCGAAAGUCAUCUACACAAAGAUUCAGCAGGGCCAGUUUGAUAUUGCCAAUGAGGGACAUGGCAUCAGGAUCGGUCCUCAGCAAUCAGCGAUUCUGCAACCCGGAUCUGCCAUCCGCCAGGGCCCUCCGGGCUCAGGAGACCGAUUAGGCUGCUGCUAAGUUUCCCGUUGAGGCUUAGGAACUCAUGGAGGAUGACUCUUACCUUUCUCUCUCUCCCAUUUGAUUUCAGGCUGGGGACUGGGACCUUCCAAUGUAACCCUGUUACAGGCUUCCCACCCCCUAGAUGUGGGGAGUGGGACCAUUCUGGACCUAGAGUUGUCUCUGGCUGGGGGCCUUGGGUUAUUCUGUCUUACUAUCACUUCCCUCCCCCCAAUAUUCCUUAUAGGUGAGGGGCUACUUCCAGGUCCCCUCCUGCCCCAAUCUGUGCCUUAUUUCAACGGUUUCUUCUACUGCUGUUGGGAAAUUUCCACGCUUUGGGUUCACUGAGCCCAGGGGAUCUUGGCCAUCUUACCCACUCUCUUGAUCUUCAACUUGAAGCCACGU